GCCAGCUCUUCAGCCGCAGCACAGUUAAAUAGCACCGCGCCAUCUGAGGUGCCAUACUACGGGAGAAGUCCGCCAGUGUACCCAUCUCCCAUUGGUAGUGGCUCGAGCAACUCUGGUUGGGCCGCUGCCUAUCGCCAUGCCAGAGGAUUGGUCUCUCAAAUGACGCUCGAAGAGAAGGCGAAUAUCACCCGAGGGUGGACUGGAACAUGCGUAGGAAAUUCCGGCGAAGUUCCUAGACUCGGAAUCCCAGCACUGUGCUUUGCUGAUGCACCAGACGGAAUUCGCGGUCAGGAAUUCGUUUCCGCAUUCCCGGCUGGAAUUCACGUUGCUGCUACCUUUGACAAAGCCCUGCUGUACAAGUAUGGCAAGGCACUAGGCGACGAGUACUACGGAAAAGGUAUCAACGUUGCUUUAGGGCCGGCUGCUGGCCCUCUCGGGAGGGUUGCUCGUGGCGGACGCAACUGGGAGGGACUGUCGAGUGACCCUUACCUUGCAGGCGUUGGCAUGGGCGCAAUUACUCGCGGCAUCCAGAAUGCUGGUGUUAUCGCCACUGCCAAACAUUGGCUCUUGAAUGAGCAAGAGUAUCGCCGUCGGGUAUCCGACCUGGGCGAGGCGAUCAGUUCAAACGUAGACGACAGAGCACUACAUGAACUCUACGUUUGGCCCUUCAUGAAUUCUCUCAAGGAGGGUGCUGCCUCGGUCAUGUGCUCGUACCAGAGAUCCAAUCACUCUUAUGGCUGCCAGAACUCUAAACUCUUGAACGGUAUCUUGAAAACCGAGCUUGGCUUCGAAGGUUUUGUCGUUAGCGAUUGGCAAGGCCAAAUGGGCGGUGUUGCCUCAGCCAACGCAGGGUUGGACUUGGUGAUGCCGGACGAGGGUUUCUGGGGAGAUAAGCUGAUCGAGGCUGUCAACAAUGGUUCUGUAACCGAACAUCGACUCUCCGACAUGGCCACGAGGAUCCUCGCUGGUUAUCACUUCCUUCAUCAAGAGCAUGCCUUCCCUGCUCCAGCAGUGCACUCGAAUCUGCAAAAGGCUUACCCAGUCGAUGUCCAGGAUGAUCACGCUUCUUUGAUCCGCCAAAUCGGAGCAGCCGGCACAGUCUUGGUGAAGAACACCAAUCAUACGCUUCCGCUCAAGAAUCCCAAGUUUUUGUCUAUCUAUGGCUACGACGCAACGGUCAAGGCGAUCCCUUGGGAGAAUCCAAGUCGCUAUGGCGGCGGUUACGAAGUCAACUUCGGCUGGGAAACAUUCAAUGGAACUUUGAUCACUGGCGGUGGCUCUGGCGGCAGUACUCCCCCGUACGUGGUUUCACCAUUCCAGGCGGUCCAAGAGCGAAUCUCCAAGAACCGAGGCAUUCUACGAUGGGAUUUCUACUCUGAAAACCCCUCUCCACCCUACGUCAACUCUGAAGCCUGCCUUGUUUUCAUCAACACGUAUGCCUCUGAGAGCUUUGAUCGCCUGAGCCUCACGGACGAAUUCAGCGACAAUCUUGUGCAGAACGUAGCCGCAAACUGUUCGAAUACUGUAGUCGUGAUCCACUCGGCCGGCAUUCGCACUGUUGAUGCGUGGAUCGAACACCCUAACGUCACUGCUGUCCUUUUUGCCGGGCUUCCUGGCCAGGAGAGUGGCCACAGUCUUGUGGACGUACUAUGGGGCGACAUUAAUCCAUCUGGAAAGCUGCCUUUCACUAUUGCCCGGCAGGAGUCGGACUAUGGAAGCCAUCUUAACUCCAGUGCCUCUGAUGACUUCUUCCCUGACAGUGACUUCACCGAAGGCCUUUACAUCGAUUACCGUUACUUCGAUGCACACAACAUCACUCCUCGCUAUGAGUUCGGCUUUGGUCUCUCAUAUACCACUUUCAGCUUUGCUGACUUGUCCGUUGUGCUCACGGCAGACGCGGAUACGUCAGAAUACCCCGAUCCCAAUGUGUCGAUCGUGCAGGGUGGCCAUCCAUCACUGUGGGAAAACCUCGCAGUUGCAAAGGUGUCUCUCACUAAUACCGGUGACGUGGAUGGAACAGAGGUUGCACAGCUGUAUAUCGGAGUUCCGGGUGACGACACGCCGAUUCGACAACUUCGUGGCUUCUCCCGUGUCUUUCUUUCUAGUGGGCAAACGCAGUCGGUCGCCUUUGAACUCACCAGGCGUGAUCUUAGCAUCUGGGAUGUCGAAGCUCAGCAGUGGCGUUUACGCCGGGGAACUUAUAACGUGUGGUCUGGAUCAUCGAGUAGAAAUCUGGUUCUGCAGGAUACUAUUGAGAUUCAGUAGCGUACUAUAGUUGACUUAGUAAUCAGCCCUUGAAGUAGUCUUGUC